AUGUUGGUGUUUGCACUAAGCCACAAUCUCUGGCACCACCUCUCCGAAGACUCAAGAGCGAAGCUCCUCAACAAGGAGAAGGAAGCCCUGGCUGUCCAGAAAGAGCUUUCUGUGCAGCUCAGGUGCGCUGGCCGAUCUUACCAGCAGCUCCUGAACGCGACCAGAGAACUGCAGGAGCAGCUGGAUGCGGAGAAGGCUGGUCGGGAACGAGACAAGCUGCCCUACAUAGACGAGAUCCGUGCGCUUAAAGCGCAGCUGAACAAGGGCGACAAGCCUUGGCGAGAUGAGAUCUCCAAGCGAGAUGCCAAGAUCCUGAGGCUGCAAGAGGCAGCCAACAAUCAGGACGCCCGCCUCAAAGAGGCGGUGGCAGCCAUAGAGCCUGUGCGGGUCGAGGGCGAGAAGAAGCUCAAGGCUGCCGAGGAGCGGGCAGUGAGCAUUCAGCGAGAAGUUUCGUAUCUCCAGUCGACCAUCGAGGAGAUCACGGAGAAGUGGGAACGGGACUACGAGAAGGCCCAAGAAGAGCACCACAAGGAGGUGUUGAAGCUUCAGCUUCAGAUCAAAGAGAUCGAAGCGGAGUCCGACAAGAUCGCCGGCCCUUACAUCAAGCAGAUCAAGGAGCUCGAGCUCCAGAAGCAGGGGCUGGAGGUGCAGCUCUCCCAGGUGGACUACACCCCCUUCGAGAAGCAGGUGGAGAUCAAGGAAAGGGGCUACGACAAGCUCGUGCACGACUUCCGCACCAAAGAGCAGACGCACAGCGACAACGUUGACAGGAUGCGAGAAGGCUUCGAGGAGGUGAUCCAGAAGCUGGACCGGAAGCUGCAAAGUGUUGAAAAAGAGUAUGAGAAGAAGCUGGACCCCUGGAAGGAGAAGGUGGCCGAGAAGGAGGAAGAGGUGAAGAAGUUGCAGGACAAGAUGAAGCUGAUGCUGGAAGAGAAGGCAGAGGCUCGGGAGAAGGUGCAGAAGCGGAACCAGGACCUUGAGCGAGAGCUCGCUUGUGCGAAGGAGGGAAUGGAUCGCUUCAUCCAGGAGAACACCAAGCUCAGAGCCCAGCGUGAAGCGGAGAUCGAGGAGGAAAACGCGCCAGCGCAUCCAAAGCAGAAGAUGCAGGCCAUGGAGAUGAGGCUUGACGAGGUGACUCGGAGAUGUGAGAUCCUGAUCAAGAAUCGGGAUCGGGAGCUCAAGGAAAAGACCGAGAUUAUCUUCAAGCUCCAAGAGCGAGUCCUCCAGCAGUCCAAGGAAAACAUGGCGCUGGACAGAAAGUGGGACGAGCGGGUCCAGCAGAAGGAAGAGGGGUAUGGGAUCCUGGUGGCGCAGCUGCAGCACGCUGAGGGCCAGAUCCUCGAAGAGCGCGAGAAGACCGCGGCCGCCAAGAAGGAGAUCCAGCGUCGCGACGCGAGGAUAGCCGAGCUCAAGCAGGAGCAUGCAGAGGAGUCCCGGCAGCGGCUGAAAGACCGGACCAUGCUCUUCAAUCGGCUCAGGGAGCUGGAGGCAGAGCUCGAGAAGACCUUCGCCAGCAAAGCGAACCGCGAGGACGAAAUCAGGAAAGAGUGGGAGACGGCCUACGACGACCUCAGGAUCCGCUCCGAAUUGCGUGAAGCAGACCUGGAGAUCGAGAUCGUACGCCGCGACAAGGCCAAGGCGGCCACGGAGAAGGAGCUCUUGGCAGUGCGGGCCCAGUUCGACAAGGCCCGGGUCACCUGGGAGAGCAAGGAGCGUGAGCUCGAGGUGCUGGUGCGAACCCGCGACCGCCUGGUGACGUCGCUGAAGAAUGAGAUCGAGCUCGUCGCCGAGUCCUGGGAGGUGAAGUACGAUAAGCUGCUGAGCUUGUUCGACAAGCUGCAGAAGAAGUACGAUGAACUGUUGGGUCCUGGUGGCCUGGCCGAGGCCUUGCGGCGAGCGCGCGACCUCAAGGAAGAGAACGUGGAGCUGACGAAGCUCACGCACGAGCUCAAGGAGAUGAUCAAGAAGCAGAAGCGGCAGAUCCGAGACCUGCAGCUGGACAUCGACAUGCACAUGAAGGAGACCGCGGACCUCAUCCUGCAGAAGGAGCAGGGCAUCGCGGAGAUGGUCGGGGACUACGCCAAGCUCCAGGCCUCCUUCCGCAAGGAGGUGGAACAGAAGGAGCGGAUCACCACCGAGCUCACCGAGGAGAAGAGGGCCAUUGUCGCUUCCUUCUCGGCCCGCAUCGAGCAGCUGGAGCAGUUGGUGGAGGCCAUGCGCUUCACGGACCGCGACGAGCUCGUCGACACCAUUGACGUGUGGAAGCGGGCCUACGCAAGGAUCUGCAUUGCGCGCGAUGAGAUGGAGGAAGACUUUGAAAACCAGCUGGUCAUGAAAGACAAGCAGCUGAGGAAGAUGGCCUUGGACAGCUCGGAGGAGCGGGAGCAGGUGAAGAAAGAGAUCGAGGGCUGGAGGGAGAAAGUGAUUCAGGUGGAAGAAGAGUGGAAGCUGAAGAUGGUCCCCCUUCACGUGCAGAAGGACGAGUUAGAGAAGAAGAUUGCGGAGCUGGAAAGAAACGUCCUCAUCAAGGAGGCGGAGCUCAGGAGAGCGCUGCGGCUGGCCGACUCCCGAUUGGAGGAUCCGGAGAAGGAAGAGAUGAAGCGGAAGCUGGCCGAGCUCGAGUCCUGCAUCAAGAAGCAGCAGGAAGGCAUCCAGGUCCUCAUCGAGGAGAACACCAAGCUCCGCGAGAAUGUGGAGGAAGCGGUGGAGCAGGCCGAGGGCGCCGAAGAGGACUGGGAGCCCCAGAUCCGGUGGCGCGACGAGCGCUACGAGGCAAUGGUUAAGGAGCACGAGCAGGUCAAGCAUAUUCUCCAGCAGGAGAUGCUGAAAGCCCAGGAAGCUUGCAAGCAGAUUGAGGAGCAAGUGCGGAGGUUCCCGAACCCCUUCGAGGCGGAGCUUGAAGAGCUGAAGGAUCGAUACGCCCAGAUGCAGGCAGAUGCAAGGGGAGGAAAGAGCGACGGAUCGAACGAACCAGACGCUUGA